GGGUGGUGAUGUACCAGACAUGGUCCACCUCUUCCUGCUAAGGCCCUGGAAGGAAAAUGAGCGACGCAGGAUUGUUUGUUGUUGUGAAUGGGGGAUGGUUACAGGAGGCCUGAGGAAGCUAAUGUGAUCCCCAUGUAUGCGUUGGAGUUUAACAAAAUUUGAUAGGCCUAAAAACAACCCUGGUUGUAGUGAGCACUAUCACUGAAACAACCCUGAUUAUGGUGUACAGUUUAAGGGUUAAAAAUCCUCCACAGGUAGAUGGACCUUAAUCCCCAGAACACUAGUACACCAGACCACUAGCAAUGCGAGAAAAUCAACCCUACUAGCACAAGUCGUUGAAGGGUCAGAUCCACUUAAGGAAGCACAGUCACUGAUAAACCUCCCUACAAAUUUGACCAAUGGACCUAUGUGGCGCGUUCGACUUCUAUCAUCUACCCCUGAAGCCCUUCCUCCUCGGCCAGAGAUAAACGUAAAAUUUCCAUAUCGGAAGACAGUGAUAAUUGAGUGCCAACAUGCAGCAUUUGAUGGUGUUGAUCUCAUGAUGAUUAUUGUGUGGUUGCAUAAGAUAAUUGAUGAUAUGAUCAGCGGAAAGCCCAUUGAUGAUUCGCAAUUUGGUCAACUUGCAGACCACAGUCAGACAUCAGAAAUUGCCCAACAAAUAAAAUCGGAUCUUGAAAAUGAUCCUGAGCGGUUGAGUUCAUUACUUAAACUUAAAAAAGAAAAGCCGGCCACUUCUGUCCUCAUUGAAGCUUUCGGAGCCCCAGAACCAUCUCAGGCAGAGACAAAAUACUUGGAAAAUGUUUUUCUGGAUGUCUCAAAAGUUGGCAAGUUUCAUGCCAAGUGUCAAUCUGAAAAGAUAUCGUUCAAUGCAGGAUUUACAAGUGUAAUUAACACAGCUCUAGUUGAGGUAGUAAGGGAGGCCGGCUUGACACGAGACGCCUACAAUAUUAGGAGUCGUGUUCCCAUUGAUAUGCGUCGUUACAUGAAAGGUUACUCCAAGACCUUCCCAUUGGGCUUCCAUGGUGCUCCAAUGUAUCAGAACAUUUCAACACCUUUCAAUGUUAAAGAUCAUUUCUGGAUGUAUGCAAAGCAGUAUGAUGCUCAGUUUCAGAAUAACUUGAAGAACAAAUUAUUUAUUGAAGAUAUGGUCAUUGAUAGAAUGCUUCGGCCAGCUGAUUUUUCUCCUGAGAAAUUCUUUGCAAAUCCACAACCUAUUACGAUUGACUAUUUGUUUACAAAUAUGUUUACACCUCUUUUACGAACAUACGGAGUAGGUAAACAUGCUCAACUAACAGAUCUUAAAAGUGUUGUAAAUAUUCAUGAUCUUGACGUUACAUUCAUGUGCGUCUUACUCAAAAUAUGUGAUGAGGUCCGAUUUGAUGUCUGGUACUCAUCACGGGGAAUAACAAAAAAUACAGCACAAAAUAUUGUUAACAAAACUAUUUCAGUUUUCAGUGAAAUUUGUGAAAAUAUAUAAUGUUUAGAUGUCAGAACAGGGAAUACCUUCCUUUGCAAGAAAUCAUAGAUGUCAAGAGUGGGUUGCUUUGGGGUUCAAAUAGCCAAAUUGCAUUACAAUAUUUACUAUAACAUUUCGAUACAUAUGUACGUAGUUAUAUGUAAUGUAAAAAUGACUCCAGCAAGUCAAUAUUAGAUCGUAAGUGCUCUCGAAGCAUAAAGCCUCAUUAUCCAGCCUACCCACCUGUUUUGGUAGAAAUUAGAGAGUAGAAAUCUGAACUGCUGGGUUAGACAUCGGAAAAUUAUUUUUUACUUGUGUUGCUUUGACACACACCCUCAUGUUGAUGAUUCUUGUGCAUCUAGGGGCUCCAAGAAUUAUACUCAUGGCUUCAUUUUUAAUUUCAUCUAAAACUUCCAGCCUAUUGCUAGAUAGACUAAUAUGGCGUAGGGCAUUGUAGUCGAUGACAUGAUGAACAUCAUGUAGAACAUUCAGGCACUUUUGACAUUGAAAGACGUGACUUGAUCAUUAAGUUUUGCUUAAAAUUCAUUUUAAAUUUAAUUUUGAUGACCAAAUACACAAAAUAUCAUCAUUACUAAACCAAUGAAUAAUUUUAAGGGCAAUUUUACAAAUACAUUUCUUGAAAAAUUUCAUAUACAUAUUUUAAAGAAAUAGAGCUAGCAGAUUUCGCAGUGCCAUUCCAAAAGUCUGUAGAUAAUACUCAUUAUUAAAAGUCAAUAUACUUUCUUUUAUACAGAGCUUUAGGACAGUAGCAAUAAUAUCAGAAGACAGGUUCUUCUGAUAUACAUCGUUCAUUAAUUCAUGAUCAAGGUAAUGACGAAUAUCAUCAACAGGAAUUUUAGUAAAUUAAGAACAUACACCAAAAGCGAUUAAUUUAUCAUCAGGAAUGAUUAAAACAUUCUUUAAUUUGUUAAAGAUCAUUUAACUAAAGAUCAACUAAAUCCACCGAAUUAGUCAAAUGCGAACAAGAAAUAAAACCAAAUAGUGAGGUGAAAAUUUUGGUGAGCCACUUAGAAAGCUCUUAGGUAAUGGGUCCCGCAAAACUUUAGUAGGCCUUUUGUAUAAUUAGGCUUAUGAGUCUUGACCAAGCCAUUAAGAUACAGCAAGGAAGGAGAUAAGGUUGUAAACUGGUUAAGAUGAGCGUUAUGAUCAUUAGGGUUUUUUAUUUUUACAUAUGUACGUUUAUUGUAUAAUUGGGGUCUGGACCAAAACAAAAAUUGUGGUGGGGGGGGUUAAGGUAAGGUAAUUUGUUUAUUGGAGUUUUUUUUUCCCUGUAGACUCUCUCAGUAUUAUGAGUGUCAUUAUGGUUAACGGUAUAUGUGAAUACUGUCUUUUAUCUUAAUGGUUAAACUUAUGAUACUGCAAACAAUUUUUGCACCCUUACUGCUGGAAUAAACCCUUUCUCGUAUUA